CGGAGAAGCAAGCGUUUUCUAACUGACGGAGUAACUUGGGACACGAGAGUGUGGUGGCCCGCAUAUAAAUAUAAAACAGAUGUCCUCAGACGAAGAGGAACCGAGCAGUCCUGUUCUGCCCAAGGACUCUGAUCCGGGCAGCUCUGUCUCCUCUGAUCUUCAGGACGAGUAUGAGGAGCUGCUCCGCUACGCUGUUGUCACCCCUAAGCUUGACAGACUCACCAGUGCUCACUUGCAGCAGCGGAGCACCUCACAUCUGUCUGCAGAGGGUCGGACUCAGAGAAAAGAGGACACAACAUCACUGCGCCCAGCAGAUACUGCCACCGAAGCUAAAGAUGGGAGGCCUUCCAGCAGGAGUGUGAGAUCAUCACAGGUCUCCCCCUUGAUUGUUGAGCCCUCCACACGUUUAAGAGCUUCUCAUGCUGAGGAGAUGGCAGAUCAGUCAUCUGGCAGGGUGUCAAUGCUCUCAAACACUCCCUCAGACAGGUUACAGGCAGUGUCGGAGAGGUCUAGGCCAAGCAGCCCACACUCACUCGAGUCCCAUGUGACAGAGAUGUUUAUCUCGGAGGAAAACAUAAGCAAGAUGGAGAACAUUCUGGACAUGUGGAGCAACAACCUGAAGUCAAAUGUGCUGACUGAGCUCAGGAAGUGGAAGCUGGCCUUCAUGGAGCGACACAAGCUGGAGAUGAGGAAAGAGAGGGAGAGGUAUGCAGCCCAGACGGCUGACCUGAGGUCAGAGCUAGACAGCCUGAAGGGGCUGCUGCACACCUACGAGACCUCCAACCAGAGAAAAGAUGAGGUGAUUGUGAACCUGAGCCAGGUGCUGGACAGACAAAAAGAAAAGCAUGAAAAAAUGAGGGCCUUCACCCACUGGAGAAUCCAACACACUGAGGCCAAGGAGGAGGCUCGUGCUGCUCAGGUCGCACGGCAGCACUACAACCUGCAGCUGAAGAAGAAGGUGUGGUUAGGCUGGCAGUCUCUGAUCCAGAAACACUGGAAGGUCAAGGUGGAGCGGGCUUGCCGUGCAAGGGCUGAAGAGGUCUGCACCCGUCUGUCUGCAGAGUAUGAGGCCAAGCUGGCAGAGCACUGUGAGGCUAUAGAGAAGGCCCAGGCAGAGGUUCAGAGACUGCGACUAGAGCGAGAGCGCUAUGAAGAAUCUAUGAAGAAAGCCUUCAUGAGGGGCGUGUGUGCUCUCAACAUGGAGGCUCUCGGCAUGUUUAACACCACAGAGGGACGGCCAGGGCAACCUUCAGUCCAUCAUCAGCAUGAUAUUCUGCCUCCCCAGGAUGAGUCUGGCUCUGCUACAUUGGCUCAACUUCAACCAUAUCCCGUCUCUUCCACACAGUUUAGUCCAGUCCACUUCGACCGCCCGGACCCUUCACACAGCCAAGUAGAGGAUACGAUGGGCUCAGGUGCCCCUGUGUCGAGGGCAGAAGUGAUCCCUCCCACUACUGUAGUGCACAGCUCCCUCCCACUUGGGGGCACUGCAAGUUCCCACAAACAGGUGAGCGGUCGUGUCAUCAAAGCCAGUCAACAAAAACCCUCAAAGACUGUAACGGCUCGCAUCACUGCACGUACUGACGUCGGUAAGGCUGCACGCAGCAACCUCCAGGUGAUGGGUGUGGCUCCGCCCAUGAGCUCUGUGAUUGUUGAACGCCAUCAUCCUGUCACACAGCUCACUAUCGGUCAGGCCACGGCUUCUAAGUUUCCUCGCUCCUCCCAACAGGGCCAAAGCUCCACCGGAGGCAGAAGCUCCUCCAGGACACACACCACCACGUGCCAUGUACACUCCAUCAAAGUAGUUGACUAACCACAAACUUGUAUCUCACAGAAAGUGUUGCUCAACAAGUAUAUGUAACUAUCCAAGAAAUAGUUACCGUGGCAUUAGUUUCAAGUCAUUAGUUUUUUUUUUUCAGCUUUCUUACAUAAAUGUGUAGGAUUUCUUGAGCAAUAGGAUUUUUCUCAUGAAAGUGUUUCAUAGACUCAGGUAAACGUACAAGUAACUGUUUUUUAUUAUUACCCGCUGGAGGUUAGAGUUUAGAAUUACAAAAUGGACAUUUAUUUCUAUGAAAUAAUGUUUUAACAGAAUAGUUUCACCUGUGCAUGACUUAAAAUUGCGAGUAUUUAUUUUAUCGUUUUUUUUCUAUUGAGUGCAACCGUCCAAAACCACAGGUUGAUUGUUUUAAUAAACCAAAGCCAUAUGUUACUGAUCAAAAUAAAUUAUUUUAACUUCCUGUAC